CGGACGGAGCCUGGAAGGACCCCGGAGGAAAAGCGGAGUCUUUGUGGCUGUGCUGCCCCUCCCCUGGUCCAGGCGCGCCUGGAGGGGCCCGGCCGGGGUGCUGCAAGGGCUUCGGGAGGUUGAAGGCUAAGCAUGGGGAAGAGCUGCAAGGUAGUCGUGUGUGGCCAGGCAUCUGUGGGCAAAACUUCAAUCCUGGAGCAGCUUCUGUAUGGGAACCAUGUAGUAGGUUCUGAGAUGAUUGAGACCCAGGAAGACAUCUACGUGGGCUCCAUUGAGACCGACCGGGGUGUGAGGGAGCAGGUGCGUUUCUACGACACCCGGGGGCUCCGAGAUGGGGCUGAGCUGCCCCGGCACUGCUUCUCCUGCACUGACGGCUAUGUCCUGGUCUACAGCACGGACAGCCGAGAGUCCUUUCAGCGUGUAGAGCUGCUCAAGAAGGAGAUCGACAAAUCCAAGGACAAGAAGGAGGUCACCAUCGUGGUCCUGGGCAACAAGUGUGACCUGCAGGAGCAGCGGCGUGUCGACCCAGAUGUGGCUCAGCACUGGGCCAAGUCCGAGAAGGUGAAGCUGUGGGAGGUGUCCGUGGCCGACCGCCGCUCCCUGCUGGAGCCCUUCGUCUACCUGGCCAGCAAGAUGACCCAGCCCCAGAGCAAGUCUGCUUUUCCCCUCAGCCGCAAGAACAAGGGCAGCGGCUCCUUGGAUGGCUGAAGAGCCGCCAUCCCUUCUCCACCUUUCCAGCCUCAUUCCAGCUGCUGGGACUCUGGAAGAUGUGUCCAGGGGUGGGGUUAGGCAAAGCUGUCCUUCCCGGGCCAGGCAGCUGGGCUCUCCCAGGCUCAGGUCACUUUCGCUCCCUCUCAGCUCGGGGAAGUGCAGAUAAUCUAGGCUAGUCCCCCCACCGCAAGCCCCCUCCUGUCCAGCAUUCAUCAUCCCUGUGCUGCUGUGACCUGGGGCAGUUGUGGGUCAGUGUCCCCUACCACAUGCCCUGGGUGGGAAGCAGAGCUGCCAUGCAGAAGUGCCCAGUCCAGGCUCUGGUUCCAGUCACGGGGUCCCCUCACCUGUGGGUUUCCUGCUAGGGACAGGCACACACACAUGCGCACACACUCACACUUAACGGCACCAGCCUGGACUCUGGAGAAAGGCGUAUGUGUGUGUAGAUGUGUGCAUGCGUGUGCCUGCUGGAGUCCAGCUCUGACUAUCCUCUCCCUGGCUGGAAGAAGCCAGCCUCCUGGGAGGUGUAAUCUUCCGCUUUCACUCUCCCCCCACC